UGUGUAUGUGUGUGUGUGUUCAUGAGCAUGUCUGGUCUGCGUGUGCGCGAACGCAUCUGCGCGUUGUGUGCGAACACGUCUGCUCUCCAUGGUGGUGGCAGUGGCCAUGGCCAUGGCUCUGUGCAUCUCCCUCUGGAGAUGCCAGCCUCAUGCUCCCGGAGCCUCAGCCCCUAUGUCAUUCUCCUUUCUGUUACCGCUGACAGCUUUCUUGGGUCUCAUUUGUCACCGAGCCCCGAGUGCACGGUGUCUCCCAGAAUGCCCGGGCCUGCCCCCGACCCCCUGCCAUGGGUGGGAAGUCGUCGGGGGCAUGGGGAAGCUAACCUGGCCCCUUCCCCCAGGAGUCCCUGUGCCAGCCCCACCACAUCCUGGAGGAGGAGGGGGCCUCGGGAAGGGGCCUCCCCUACAUCGCUGCUGUCGUCCACGCCCUGCUGGACCGGCCUUAGGGGUGAAGGUGGGGUCACAGGGCCCACCCCGCCUAGGACCCGGGAAAUAGAAGACGCACCUGGGCUCCAUGCUCUGAGACAAGAACUCAGUGAGGGCAGCCUGGGACCCCUUGGCCUUCAGGCUUGGCCGUCGCCGGGGGUGGAAGGCCCACGGGUGUCGCAGGUGUCGUGUCAACUGCAAUAAACAGAAGCCAGAAGUCCUCUGGGUGGCCCUCAGGUGUGACUGUGUCUGAGCACGCGCGUCUCGGGGGCGGGGUAGCCUCUGUUUCGGGGAUUCUCCGCCCCGUCGCCAGGGGGCGCCUGCGGUAGCCCGGCGGGGGCACGCGCCACGUGGUCGGGAGACGCACAGGGCGCCGGCGUCGCCGCGAGGUCUCGGGCGUGAGCUCGCCACGCGGGCCAGUUCGCGCCACGCCGGGAGGGAGCCUGAGCGGGACAGGCGGCGGGGACACGGCAUGUUGCCCUGGUCGCCACGGCGGUGGGGCGCGGGCCCGGAAGAGGCGCCCGAGGGACCAGGCCCCACCGCGAGCAGGGACCAGGGUGAGGCCUGGAGCUCAGGAGCGGACGCUCCCAGGGAGCUGGGGACACCCCCACAGGACAGGUGAGGGGCUUGGUCGGAGCCACGGGGGGGGGGGGGACAGCGACUGGGGCCUCCAUGCCUUCGCCCGCGCUCUACGGAGGCGUCUCCAUUGUCCCUGCUGAAGAUUGGGUCUGUCGGCCUCCCUUGCACCAGGCACCCUUGGGCUACAGGGGAAUGUGUGUGGGGGCAGGGUGGCUGCAGCUUCAGUCCCUGCCCCUCCAGCCCACAGCCCCCAUCCCGCAGACAUUCCUGGACCCAGAGAGAGCAGCUGCUGCUGCCCCGCCAUCCGCCAGGUCCGGCCACUGAGCAGCCCCUCGGAGCCCCAGUUCCCCUUCCCCCCCAGAUGACCUGGGAGGAGGCCCCCUCGAGGAUGACUCCUCUAGCACCCUGGGACCCCAAGUACGAAGCCAAAGCAGGGCCUCGGCUGGUGUGGGGGGCCAACUGUAGCUCAGGAGCCUCCUUCUCAGGCCGGACGCUAUGUCACCCCUCGUUCUGGCCGCUGUAUGAGGCAGCCUCGGGCAGGGGUCCCCGGCCCAUGGCCCUUGCCACAGGGCCUCAGAAUGGACAGCAGGUGCACCCAGAUGCAGGGUUCCCGGUGAUGUGCUGUGAAGACGUCUUCUUCUCAGACCCUCUGCUGCCCCAGGGACAGCGCGUCCCCCUGUACCUCUCCGAGGCCCCCCAGCAGGUGAUGGGCUCCCUGAAGCUGCUGCCGCCACCCCCCAUAAUGUCCCCCUGGGUCUUCCCCAGCCUGUCACCCUCCCCAGGCCGCUCCACCGCCUUGCUCAGUGGGCCAGAGCUGAUAGCUCUCACUGGCCUGCUGCAGAUGAGCCAGGGGGAGCCCAGGCCCAGCUCCUCCGCGGCUGCCACACCCGCUGCUGGCCCCCCAGACCCUGCCUCUGACCCACCCAGCCCCUGAGAUGGCCCCAGCCGUUUUCACAGUGCUGACCCCUCUCUCCCACAGACCCCAGACACCCAUUGUUCAUAGCCUUCUUGGAGCAGGGUGGGCUGGUUGUGUUGACAAUAAAAGUGUUGGUUUGCAAAA